AUGGCGUCGCAGGAGGACCUGAAUUACGGCCGCCUGGAUAAUUAUGAUACUCUUAAAACUCCGAAAAACAUUAAGGCUUUGAAAACCUUUCUCGGUUUCUCCUGCGUGACCGAAUAUACCAAAGUAGUGACCAAAAUUUCUCAAAAGUCUAGUCGCCGCGUCUUCGUUAUGCACCUGUGCUAUUUCGAAGACGAGGCGACCGUCGAAGCAUUUGUGAAGAAAUAUUUCGAUGCGACCACUCUGUGGCCAUUCGUCCUCGGUCUCUUCAUUUAUUUCAGUACGAGGAAGGACGAGGUGCUGACCGAGGAAUUGCUCGACCUAUGGUCGAAGCAAUGUCCGACCCUCCUGGCCACGUCGAUGAACGUGGCCAAUACCAUGACGCCGAGCAGGUUUUUCAAAAACGCUUCUAUCAUGGACACGGUUCGGACAACGAUUGGCUUCCAGCAACCUGUUGCUGAGUCGACGUCUACCGGCGACAAACAGCGAUUGGUAUUUGCCACGUUGUCUAGCCAGGAGGUGUUUGAAGGGAUCGAGGACGACUCGAUUAGUAGCCCGGGCUCCUCGAAAAAAUCUGAAAGCGUCCAAUCUGGCAACAAAGACUCUUAUUCGGACGAUGACGAAUUGGAUAUUGCAACCAAGAUGGUAUUGAAGAACGCAGGAGUGCCAAAAUCCAAAAUUGAUUCGUCGGACAGCGAGGAAGAAGAAAUCGUGUGGUACACCUCUUCUUUCAGAAAACGGAAGAAUUGUCUAGACUCCGAUUCUGACAGCGGACCGAUUCCAAAGAAACCUGUAUACUAUUCCGAAAACGAAAUUAUUGAUAUCGACUCGGAUGACGACCAGAACGGAUCUUCAUCGACAUCAUCUCCGGAUUCUCUAAUUAGGCCCAUUGUGAAACGUCGGAGACAAAUUCUAUCCGAUUCAACGGAUGACGAAAUGGUCGAAGCCCAAAAAUUCAGGACGUCGCCGUCGCAGCUCAUACUGCCGCCGUCGCCAGAGACUGUAUCCAAGAUCGCCGGCGCCGGUGCCAGAGACUCUACUUCCAUCAGUGCCGGUACCACAGACUGUAGAUACAACAUUGCCGGUGCCGGUGCCACAGAGUGUAGAUACAACAUUGCCGGUGCCAGUUCCAGAGACUGUGCUUCCAUCACUGCUGGUGCCACAGACUCUACACACAAGAUUGCCGGUGCCAGUGCCAGAGACUGUGCUUCCAUCACUGCUGAUGCCACAGACUCUACAUACAGGAUCGCCGGUGCCGGUGCCAGAGACUGUGCUUUCAUCACUGCUGAUGCCACAGACUCUACAUACAGGAUCGCCGGUGCCGGUGCCAGAGACUGUGCUUUCAUCAGUGCCGGUGCCAGAGACUGUGCUUUCAUCAGUGCCGGUGUCAGAGACUGUGCUUCCAUCAGUGCUGGUGCCAGAGACUGUGCUCCCAUCACUGUCGGCGCCAGAGACUGUCUUCCCAAGAGUGCCAGUGUCGGCGCCAGAGGCUGUGCUCCCAUCAGUGCCAAUGUUGAUGCCACACACUGUGCAUACAACAUUGCCAGUGGCGGAGGCAGAGACUCUCUUUCCAACUGUGCCAGUGGCGGAGGCACAGACUCUCUUUCCGACAGUGCAGGUGCCGACAGCACAGACUCUCUUUCCGACAGUGCCAGUGGCGGAGGUACAGACUCUCUCUCCAACAGUGCCAGUGGCGACAGCACAGAAUGUCUUUCCGACAGUGCCAGUGGCGGAGGCACAGACUCUCUUUCCAACAGUGCCAGUGCCGACAGCACAGACUCUCUUUCCGACAGUGCCAGUGGCGGAGGCACAGACUCUCUCUCCAACAGUGCCAGUGCCGACAGCACAGACUCUCUUUCCGACAGUGCCAGUGGCGGAGGCAGAGACUCUCUCUCCAACAGUGCCAGUGCCGACAGCACAGACUCUCUUUCCGACAGUGCCAAUGGCGGAGGCAGAGACUCUCUUUCCAACAGUGCCAGUGGCGGAGGCACAGACUUUCUCUCCAACAGUGCCAGUGCAGAAAGCACAGAAUGUCUUUCCGACAGUGCCAGUGGCGGAGGCACAGACUCUCUUUCCAACAGUGCCAGUGCCGACACCACAGGAUGUCUUUCCGACAGUGCCAGUGGCGGAGGCACAGACCGUGCUUCCAACAUUACCACUACCAGCGACGUGGGUGCAUGGUCAAGAUGCGCUAGUGGCACCACAGUCUGUGCGAUUUCUACCCUCGUCAAUGUCGGCGCUGCGGCAGUGCGAUGA